CGCACAGACGGCUGCGCAGCAGGCCGAACAUCUUAGAAGCUCCGCUGGUACGUACUACUGAACGGGCUCCUAACGUUCUGUCCUUACUCCGUCUCAUCUGUAGGUAUUAAUGCUAGCAAGCCAAACGCAGAGAGUCGGUAUGGCGGAACCGCAGGGUUGCCGCAAGCGCACUCGACUGCGAAGCGAUCGAUGCCUGGCCACGCUCGAAGCAGCAGUUUCGCAGCUCACACACAGCCCAUCCAGCGAAAGUAUGCGCCGCCAUUUGCGAAACAAGGGCCAGCUGAGGGCGCCAGUGACCAGCGUGCUGCAUGCAACAGUGCUCAUUGGCCUCAGCACAAUCCAGCUCAGCGUGGUCAAGGUCAGCAACGUCAAGCGCAGCAAGCUCAAGGUCAGCCACGUCAAGGUCAGCAUGGUCAAGGCCAGCAAGGUCAACAGUCGGUGCCAAACGAACAGUCGGUGCCAAACCAACCGUCGGCACCUGAACAACAGCCGGCGCCAAACCAACAGCCAGCGCCACAGCAACAGCCAACUGCAGAGGUUCAAGCCAAACCGAACAGCCCAUCGGCACGAUACAUUCGGAGCAAGCUCUGCACUUACCAAGUUGUCAAGCCGAUCAUGGAACGCAAGCACGACCCUCGCAGUAUGACCGAUGGCGUCUACCUCAUCAAGAAUAUCAAGAACGGUCACGUCCUGGUCGAAAAGCGACUCACGCUACGUAGCUUAGCUCGGCAACAGCGCAUCGCGGCUGAGAUUGCCGCUCUCCGUCAGAUCGUAGGAGGUGGAGCCCCGUACAGCGUCAACUUCCUUGUCGAUGAAGCCCACGACACACUUAUAAACUGUACCAGCCUCAUUCUCGAACACUGCGACCGCGGCAGCUUGUGCGAUGUCAUUGAGAAGAGUCUUGCGGAGCGUAUGCAGCUUACGGAGAACUAUGUCUGGCAUGUACUUGCUGGCUUGAGCAAGGCCUUGCUCUUCAUACAUUACGGCUUCGAUGUGGACCGUGCACACAUCCCGGAGCCAACUGAUUGGAACACGCUGUGCCAUCUUGACAUCAAGCCUGCCAACGUCUUCCUCUCGAGCGUGAACACGAUCGGUCCGUUCCCGCGUGUCGUUCUCGGUGACUUUGGCUGCGUUGUCACUUACAAAGACAUCUUGUCAGGCAAGGCGUACCGAGACCUGCAGAAGCAAGGUACUCCCGGCUGGUUCCCACCUGAGAUCAAGGCAUCGUCUUUCGGAGGUUGGGACGGCAAGUACGGCAUGCCGACCGACAUUUGGCAGGCAGGAGCCGUGAUGCAGAGCAUGUGCCGACUGGUGUCCAAUCCAGAUAUGACUUCGGUUGAGAAGGGUCGGGCGUGCGGUCGCCUGUACAGCCCUGAGUUGAACGGUGUGGUGAAUGCGUGCAUGCUGAAGGAUAUCGCGAGGCGGCCGACCGCGAAAGAUUUGGCCAUGGAGCUGAAGGCUCAAACGGCGAAGCGUGGGUUGCCGUAUGAGCUACCCAGCACGAAGUGAAACACGACAAAAAGAGGUAGAGUGUGUCAAAGUGUGUGUGGAAUACAACGGAGGCAAGUGCUGAGGCACCAGAGAAAUGGCAGGGAUCCGCGCCUUCCAGUAGCACAAGCAGGAACUUUGUUGGCGAGCAUCUCGCACGGUUGAUUCACGGCCGACCAGGAUUCGAUCUACAGAUCGGAAUGAGCGUCUCGGAGACCAUGUCGUACUCUUAGCCUGUACUAAAGCUGAUAUACAACAAAAGCUUGAUACCCGUUG